AUGUUUCUAAAUUUCUUCACGAUUUUUCUUCCCACACUAUCCCCCACAUAUUCUUCUUACGUCCCCGAAACCUUGAACAAAGCCGUGGAAACAUUUCUAACCCGGCGAAUUAACGUUGACCACGCCCUGCGCGACUGGAUGGUAGAAAAGGGUCAUAAUCAGACAGACUUUUCAUUUCCGCAACAACUUGAUAAAAUCAAUGUGAAGGACUUGUUUGGCAGGUUUAACUUGACCAGUAAUUUGACUUCCGCCGUAUUCCACAUUUAUCACCCCGAUCAUCUCGUCAACUACACCGGUGUGACUUCUUUUGGGAGUCUAGAAGUCCUCCGAAUCGUGUUUAAACAACCUGCCGUCACUCCCUACAUUACAGGUCUCCACUCAACCAAGGGAAUUAUUCUGACUGACCUCGUCCUCUCUGAUGGAGGCUGGCGACUGACCUACCCCUCAUUUCAAACCACUGUGUACGUACCCUUCUAUAUUAAUGAAUAUGGUUAUCUGACCUGUAACGGGAGGCUCAAGGAUGCCUUUAUCCGCUAUGAUGAGACAUUUGAUUUUGAGGAUGAUGCCAUCAUAAGCUCGGGACACCCUCUGUACUCCUCCAUUAUCUACGGGUACAAAGACGAGGUUGGAAUGACCUACUAUUUUGGAAUGUUUUCCAACCCACAAUUCGAAGAAGUGAGACGAUUCGUCUGUGCUACUUUAUUAGAAAAAACGGUCAAGGAAAUAUUGGCUGAGACGUCGAUGGCAAGUACGAUUGAACUUUAUACAUUCAAAAUCCUUGUGAUGGUUGUCUUACUUGGAAAACUUAAGCACUAAUUAAUAUCUUAGUGCCACGUAGAUACAUAAAUACAUAUACCUACUUAAAAUCUUUAUAUAAAACUAAAAUUCUUCAUUGUUACAUUUAUUAGUACUAAGUAAUUCAAUUCAUAAUUGUUUUAGUGAUACUUAACAAAACUAA